GGUUAAAAAAAAUAAUUUAUAAAUAGAAUCCUCGAUGACAAAUUAUAAACUAGUGUAAACCAGCAUUCUUCAACAAAAGUCUUACCAACAGACUUUACAACAACUGGCAACAGGAUGUUGUUUAUCAAACCACUCAUGUAUAUUUAUCAUCACAUCACAAUUAUCUGCUCGAACCAUUUGCUACUUUUGUUUGUCUUUAAAAGUGAGCACAGGAGAUAGGAUGGUUGCAGUCUUGUGGCAAAUCAGCACAGUGUUGUUUUCAUUGUUAGAGGAUCGAGUUUUGAUGCUAUAAGCGGAAGCUCCACGAUUGCUCCCAGAAGUUCAUCAAUACGGAAUGUGAGCAAGGAAUGCCCAAUAGAUCCUCAUUAUACCAUCCACAACUAAAGUCACUGGGUCCUAUGUACGUUUCAGGUGAAAUUUAAAAACACCCAAGGAAGUGAAUAUAUAAAGGGCAAUGAAACCCAAACUAUAAAGACAACGAUUCACUCGAGCUUAAUAUCUGAUGUUGGCUACAUGGACGACGAAUGUGAACUAUAUAAGGGUGAUCGAACAGUCAAAAACAAAAUAUACUAGAAAACGUACCAAAGAAAUAGGCUAUGCUAUUCCAACCUCUUAACAAGGAUAACAGACAACAAUGUACAGUACAGUUCAGUUAAAUUUCUCCGACCAAAUUUUUCCGUUCGGUAGAAAUGUACGACUUUAUCAUAGCAAUAACAGAACCAAUGCUAACAAACAGCUAUAUGCUUUUCAUAACGGAAAACUGUAUGAUUAUCAGUAUGACAGCAUCUCAGAAACCUGGCAGAAUAUCCGGAAUUCCAGCUUGGUUACGCAUGAUGAAUCGGAGAGUAAAAUUUUAUGUUUCCCCAAGGCGACGGAAAAUAUACUAUUGGUGAAAACCACGCAAGGUCUCAACUUUUAUCGACGCAAAGCGAAUGGAAGCUUUGAUCUUUUGGCUGAGAGCCAUGAGUUUUAUGAAAAUGAAUUCCAUGAUGUCUACGGCUGGAAUCGGCCUGACAAUGUGAUAAGGGUGGGACAUUUCUACCACGAUAGGAGCAUUAUAGGGGUGUUGACCAACCAUCAAGAAUACGGGAUUAAAUUCUUUGCUGUUAUAGAGAGUGAACUUUUGGCAGGCGAAUACCCGAUAUGGCCUCUUGAAACGGAUUUGAGUAUGAUCGGAAAUAGUUUUGGGGCAGACUUUUACUUGGCCGAUUUACAGGAAACAGGUCAGGAUAACAUCAUUGUGAGGAAUCUAGAAGGACUGAACGUUUAUACGUUUAAUCAACGUAAUGGGCUUCAGAAAUUUAUGCAAGUACCGUAUGGAGCAAAACAAGAUAAUUCUAUGCAAAAGGUGUAUUUUCCAAAUUUAACGGGACGAUCAUUCCGGGAUAUCAUAGUAUUUAAUUCCAGUGGCUUAUUCGUUUAUCAAUAUCAUAAAGAGCUAAAUAACUAUAAUUGUAUACAUUCUAAUGCAAUGUUCUCCACUUUAAAUGGAUGGAGCACGGAGCAUUUCGAAUCGGUGAAAUUUGAAGAUCUAGACAUAAAUGGCAGGCAGGAGAUGGUUUUCACAGGACCUAGCGGAAUUGAUAUACUCUCCUUCGAAGACAGCACUAACGAAUGGCGAUCUUUGCUCAAUUACGAUCUGCUUACCAUUCCUCAACGCCAUGCUGAAAUAAUCGCGAUUAUAUCCGACACUGUGAGACCGAUGCUGUUCACGCAACAGCAAAACGAAUUACAGUGGGCGAAUGUUGAAAUUCAAGACUACGUGGAGAAAGACCAUGAGGAACAGGCCACGAAUGAGACAUCACCCCAACUAGUUAUACCGGAGAUACCAGAAUUAAUUCAGUUACCACUUGAGAACGAAGACCCUAUUAUUUUACUGAGGGAUCAGUUAGAUUGGUCCACAAUUUUGGAUUCGGUAGAUAGAAAUACGGGGAAGCCGAAUUUCCGAUUGCCAUUAAUAGAUCUGUCAAAGUAUUCGAGCAACUUAAAACUGGAUAUUUUCUACGACGGCAAUAGCAAGGUGUCGGACAUCCUGGGAGUUGGUUGGUCUCUGCCACAGAACUUUAUAAUCCUAGACCAUCAGUCCAGUGUAUUCCCCGAGUACGAAAAAUAUUACCUCGUGACACAGGGCUUUCCGCAGAAGCUGGUGUACGAUAGUGCCAAUUCGACGGAUGACAUCGAUUGGUUCAAAAUUUCGGAAAGCACAUCAGAUGUCCAGAUCCGCCACUGGAAAACAGAGGAGAAGUGGGAAAUAACGAACAAGGGAAUCAAGCAAAUUUUUGGUCGUACAGAAAAUUCCCAAAUCGAUUCCGUGGGUCGAGAUUUGGUCUGGGAGAAUUGGCGGGGUAAGGGUAGCAGCUUCACGGGACAAAAGCAGCUUGCCACGAGUUGGUAUUUAGUGGAAGUCUGCGAUCAAGACGGUAAUAUGAUUCAUUAUCGAUACGACUCGGUCAAUGCCGCUGUUUCAACGGGCAAUGGUUUUACUCAAGAGGUUUACCUGCAAUCAAUAUCCGAUAACAUGGGCAAUCAAAUCUUUCUUAUUUAUUCUAAUAAAGACAGAACCGAGUAUAAAGCACUUCCUCUGAGAGAUAAGGAUGGCAAUCUCAAUAUAAACAGGUUGCAAACUCGAUAUCUCAGCGGAUGUAAAGUUGUCUGUUCAUAUUAUCAGCAAGACAUCGUUUUAGCUUACAACGUAGAAAGUGGCAAACGUUAUCUCACUCGGGUCAUUCAAGAAGGAGACAACUGGUAAACCUAUCUUACAGUUUAUCUAUGAGGAAAUAGCCAGUUCUAAAUUGCUAUCAAGCAUUAUUCUACCAACUGCUGCAACUUUCGAGUUCAGCUACCAAUUGUUGGGGUCAAUAUCUCCGGUCACCGAAAGUAUUGGAAGAAGGUUUGAUGUGCCAACGAACUAUAGGGUUGACUACGGAGAGGAUGACGUUUUGAUCAGUUACCUAAAUGAACAAGCCCAGGUGGUGCUAAGAAUGUUCAAUCAAGAUUUGACCGUAGAGUUAGGCUCUUCGGUGUCCAGUGGUUCGCUAAUGAGAUUUCCUUUAUUGGGUAGAGGUUUGGCAAAAGCGUAUGAAAUAGGCCGUGUAGAAAUUUUCAUUGCCGUCAUUAUGUACUACAGUACUGAUAAAGAACUGUGUUUGAUUCGAAGAGAACAGGGUAAACGGCAGUCGGAUGUAAAAUGCUACGACUUGAGUGAAGCAGCGAUCAUCAGAUUCGGGAGAGAUUUCGUACUUGUAGCAGAUAUUGGUUUUGCUGCCGAGUUGAUUGAAUGGAACAAGGAAUCAGGAAAAUGGGAUAAAUUUACAUUUUUCGGCAAGUCUCAAAUUAGAGAAAUACCAGUAUUCGUUGCAGCAUUCGACAGAACAUUCGUAGUUUAUGAUGACAACUACUUAAGAAUGGGAUAUAGAAGCCUAGACAGUGAAUGGCAAUCCAAAGUAAUUGCAAAAGUGCCAGGAUUAAUGAAAAAUAUUAAGGAAACGUUGAACAAAUUUGGACUAGACAUCAAAUUGCAUAAACAACUCUUGAAUUACUUUACAAGCAAUGCUCUGCACCUGGACAAGAACUUAGUACUCUUAAACGGGUGGAAUGCAGUAGGAAUGCAAUUGUACUCCUCGUUGAGUUUUUUCACUCUUAAUAAAGAAUAUCAAAAUGCCCAAAAGCAGCAAUUUGAGAUUAACCAAGAUGAUUUGGAACAGUUCGACCAUGAAAUUGACGGUCAGGAAGGGAAUUUUUUCACGAUUGCUUAUAAAUAUGUCGAGAGCAAAUAUAAGCUCAUGGUUAAAGAUUUCCGAGGUCCAAUUCUCGACGAAAUAUACGAGCAUUACAACAAAACCUUAGAGGAGUACUUCGAUGAUUAUUGCGGGGAUAAGAAUGGCUGCGGCCCUAAGAUGGAUCAUGUCAGAGAAGAUGUUUCAAAGGAAAUGGAAAAAUCUAAAGACGAGAUUCGCGAAAAAGUACUCUCCUCUUUGGGGAACGCGUUCUUUCUAAAUCCCGGAAAUUACACAGCAAUUUUAAACUCACAAACGGCAACUUGCGGCAACUGGAAGUUUACCUUCACUGGCGACACAUGGACAAAAGAACAACUAACAAGAAAUGCAACAGAUCCAAACACCAUAUCCAUUCCAUUGGGGGAUAAUCUAAUUUUGGACAAGCAAGACUCGCACUCUUCGCUGAAACUGUACAGACAAGGAAGCGAAGGAAAAAAGCAAGGAAACAGCUUACUAGACCUGGGGGUAAAACACUUGAAUCAAACGUUGUCUCGCAAUAUGUUUCCCGCCUACCUAGCGUACCAGGAAAAGAACAAACAAGUGGGCGUGGUGCAGUUUACGGUUGAUGGUAACAUGGACAAGGUUGAUAUGCUGCCCCUAGUAGAGAAACUGAGCCCUUGGAGUAACUAUCAAACCCUGGUAACGAGCGUCGACCACUUCAACACGAAUGAAAGCUGUACCGUCGUGUUUCGACAGCAGCUCGGUAUCAGGCGUUUGCUACCUAAUCCCGUUGUGACGAAGGUUCAGGUAAGCUUUGGUCAGGGAAACAAACGUGUUACUGGAUUUGAGUAUGACAAAGCGAAGGCGAUUGGCGAUACUGUCUACUAUGAGCGAAGUUCACUGAUUCCAGGUAACGAGAAAUCAUCGUUUGGUUGGGUUGAAGAAGUUACUAACUCAGACAACCAGACGGAAGUGAAAAGCUUGGUGUUUGAUGCACUAGGGAAAUUGAUACCGAAUAGGAAGUCGAAUGAAAGGCAAAACAACGAACAUGAUGACGUAAUAGAUGAAGAUAAUGUAUAUUCGAACACUACAUUGUAUGACGAAUCUGAAAAAUUGGAGGUCGCACAGUUUUUUCCAUACGAGAUGGCAGACGAAGAAGUUGGCUAUUAUGGUUUUGAGGAUUAUGAAACGAAUAGAAUCGGUGCACGGAAUUCAAUCAAUGAGAAGAGCUGGAUUUUCAAUGAAAGUGAUGUGGUGAAAGGUGGAUUUUCGCUAACUGGUCAAAAUUACCUAAGCUUGUCUACCGGAACUCUAGUGGGUACAUUUCAACCACAAAACCAAAAUCAGGAAUUUGUUGCAUCUUGCUGGUUGCGAUCAUCGCACAGUAAUCUGGAACUUGGCGCUGUAGUUCCCUAUCUGCAGGUAUCCGUCCAAACCGAAAAUGGAGAUGAAAUAUCCGGAUUGCUCAGCGAGACAAAAUAUCGAAUCAAAAACUGGUUCUACUUGGAAGUCAUAAUAAAUUUGUUGAAUGUAAAACAGAUUCAUGAAGGCAUGGAACAUAAUUCGACAUCGGUUAUUGAACCGGAUACUAAGCUGGUAGUCUCAAUUAUUGUAGGUCCUGAAAAGAAUUCGACAAUUGAAAUAGAUCAUGUACGUUUCUCUCCAUUGAAAAGCGAUAUUCAAGCGAACGUCUAUGAGUCCAAGCGCAAACGAAUAAAGGAAGUUAUACAAGCUAAUGGAUUGAUCAAACGCUUACUAUACAGCCAUCAUCAGGAACCAAUCGCCAGCAUCAAUGCGUAUGGACAACUCGUCGAGUUGAACACACAUACGAAAUCGUCAAGCGUUGGCAGAAUAGUGAAGUUGAAAAGUAGUCUACGAGUCAAGCCGGAAUCAGGAUUCCUUGAAGACUUUGCUCCGUAUUCGUUUCAAAAACGCUGGACAGUAGAUCGUACCGAUGACUGGAGGAUUCUCCCGGGUCAAUUACUCCACAUUACUGACUCUUCCGAUAGGUUACGGAUUGAUCCGUACGAAAUGAGUACAGUUUCGUACGGCAUGAGACUUCAUUUCUCGCUGCAAUCAGUAAACUCCGUCAUAGAAUUCAAUAGUGAGCUUAAGGUUACGCGUAAUAGUCAUGAGGCAGAGCUGGUAUGUUCAGGUCAGAAAAUGAUCAUGCCGCUUAGCGGUGAAAUUCUAAUAGUAUCUGAAUACAACCGAUUGUUCGUUUGGGUUGAUGGAGGCUUAUACAUCGAUACUCUAUCGAAUAACGUUUUGUUCGAACUGAAAAUGGCUGGGCAAGUCAAAAUAAAAGAUGUUGUAAUUUUUAGUGAGCCCCGCAUACAAGUGACGUAUUUCAAUGAACUUGGUGAAAAGCUGCAAGAAGUUAUGCUGGAAACCAAAAACACUAUAGUAGUGACUGAGUAUCUUUACGACAAACUAGGAAGACAUACCAUAACUACUCAGUCUGUGCGAUUACAACGAUCGUCCAACCAGCCUUUGUUGACAUACAACUCAAAUUUUGUUACCAACGGUAACCCUUUUGCAGCUAACUCUGUUUGGGCCACCGGUAAACUACAAGGAGAAAUCACGGAAAUGGUCGGAGAAUACGCCUUCAGUCAAGUUAAAUACGAUAACAAUCCUUUGGAUGAAAAAUGUGCUGAAGGACUUCCAGGCAGUGAAUUCUCAGUAUCGGGUCCCUAUGCGAAACUGUUUUCUCAUAACUCCAAGAAUUCUUUUGUCAAUAACCUCUAUCCUCAAAGUCAGAACUUCAGCUAUCAGGUCGAGCAUAAGCCAGGAAGCGUGGAGCACAUUUCAGUUUUCGACAGUAAAAACAACAAGGUGGCAUGGUACGUUCAGGUACCGAGAAGCAAAGAUCUUCUAAGCACUUACGAGUACAACGAAAAUGGCAAGCUAGUACGGAGUUUACCGCCAUUGUAUCACGAAAAAGUAAGAACCUUGCAAAAGCUCAACUUUCAGUUGAAUUCUACAUCCGAGGAGGAGCAAGCACUGCAAAGAACCUUAGGCAUUCAUAUAUCGUAUGACAAUGAGGGAACUGAAAUUGCCAAGACAACACCUGAUUCGGGAAAGAUAGAGAGCUUACACGAUAAUACCGGAUUACUUCGGUAUACAAUUUAUCACUCCAACGAGAAUGAUCAAGACGUUGAAAGUAUAGUGUAUUACGAGUACAACGGAUUCGGAAGACUCAACAGCACGGGUAGAUUAACUGCCUUUUCUUCCAUAGAUGAACUUCUUGAUAUGCAGCUAUCCAGAAAUAACACAGAACAGUUCCAACAGUUUCAUCAAAGCGACAAUGAGCGAGAACCAAUAUGGCGAGGUCAGAUGAAGAGAAUCGUCACCUUCAACGAAGGAGAACCACUCGUUGAAGAAUCUGCUCUCAACUCUGAACAAGAAACUCUAAGCAAAAAAAUUCUUAUUCCAAUCGAAGGAGAUACACCACUUUCGAUUGUCAUUGAUAAGCGAUACAGUGCAGGUGAGCUGCGCGAAAUCGAAUACCCCUUUGACAUUCAAGGCAUUCCCUUGAGAAUCCGUUACAGUUACAACAAGCUAGGAAAAGUAACCGGGAUAGGUCUAUCGGGGCCAACAAAAAAUUUUGUGAACUUCACCUACAACUCUGCUGGACAAAUUGCGAGCGAACAGCACUUGCUUAAUCCGACAAGAAAUUUCACACGUCACUACAGCUAUGAAGGGCCUGGAUUUCUAACAAAACUGGAAGACGAAUUUUUGACGGAAAAGGUUUAUUACACUUCCGGAAGCUACGGCGGACAUGGAUAUGGCGACGGAACUAUUACACGCACUGAAUUCAAAGCAACUUGGCACGGAAGGUGCGACGGCCGGAAGCUUGGACUGAAUGAGCGAUCAUUUAUGAGUAAUCAUGUUUCCGCAGAAGAAUCAGCGCUUUGCUUCCGCGAGCUCAAGGAAGCAGGUUAUCUUGAUGACCAUAACCGCCAAUCCAGAGCAUUCUAUCCUGCUUUGGAGACGAACUUUCCAAUCGUUUGUAGCUACGGAAUCACGGGACGUCAGAUUCAAGCUGUUCUCGGCGGGAAAGGGUUUCCUUCGAAGUACGGCCACAGCUACGAUUAUGGCAAUCAUCAAGAGUUAACAAAUGCUAAAUAUUUCGUUGGAAACGAUGCAUUUUUGCCACUUCAACCUGAUACGUUUUCCAGAGAAAUUCCCGAAAUAAACAGUACCGUGUCAGAAAAUAUUUGGAAAUCUUUGAAAAACGCCGGGUAUUUGAUUGAAGAUAAUGUAGGAGAGAAUGUAUCUCUAGCUCACUCUAAACGAGGAAAAUCCUACAUGAGACCAGCUCUGUUAGCAGAUUUGAGAAGCAUCAAUACAUGUUAUGGAACCUAUAAACCCCAAUUGGAACAACUAAUAGCCGCUGCAUUUUCAGAAAGGCAAAGCUUAUCGUUGCUAAAGUCAAAUUUGCAGGCAGCGUUUGCCAAGUGGAAUAUAACCACUGAUCAUCAACAAGCUGCAGCCAGAAUUAUGGAAAUGUUGGAAACGAAGCAGUAUCUGGAAGACCCGUUGAGUGAAGAUUUUACCCAGCAAUUGAAGAAAUACGAGAAAUUCAUACCAGAUAUAGUUGGUGUGCUGAUAGAGUACUUUGCCCAUCAACUGGGUGAAGCAGAGUUCGAUGUUGAGUCGUAUGACAUUGAUGCGAACGGAAAUCACAAACAUUUCUACACAGGAUUCGAUCGCUAUGAGUUGAGUUAUCGUAAUAACACAAACCAAGUAGAUUCUGUCAAUUUCAAAUCUUUCGUAUCUUCUCAACCGCAGCAGAAGUUUAAAGUAGAACACGACAGCAGAGGCAACGUCAUACAAGCGUUACACAGAGGUAUCCAGCAAAUAAGUUACAAUCCUGUUUCGAACCGUGCAACCAAGAUGCUUUUAACUGACGGGAGGAGUUUGACUUUUUACUACGAUGCUCAAGGUGAACGACUUUUGAAAAGAGUUACCAAUAGUCAAGGAGUUGUCACCAAAGAAAUCCUCUAUAUUCGGGAUGAAGUUGGUCGUACUCUUGUGGAGCGACAAACAACGUAUGUUUCCAAAGAUCUAGCGCCGGAUGUUCUUACAACAGCGUACAUUUAUGGACCGAGAGGUUUGGUAGGAUUCCUACGACGCGACGAUUUCUACAGCGUGAUCACCGAUCAUGAAGGAUCUAUACGGUUGGUGGUGAAAGGCGACGAAGUGGUGGCAGCCUACGACUAUCUUCCAUAUGGUAACCUGAUGCGCGUAUACGGCAACAAUCCUGAGGGCCACAUUUCCUAUCGCUAUACCGGCCAAGAGUGGGAUGAAGAAACCGGUUUAUAUAACUAUCAUGCUCGCUUCUACGAUCCCAGCAUUGGGCGCUUCUAUCAAAUCGAUCCAAAAGGACAAUACUUCAGCCCAUACAAGUAUGCUGGAAACUCUCCGAUAUCGAUGGUUGAUCCGGAUGGACAGUUUGCUUGGUUUCUUAUACCACUCAUAGUAGGAUUAGCCAUUGGUGGGGCAUACUUGGGAGGCUCUGCAGCCAACCGUAACUGGAAUCCCGCCAAAUGGAAAUGGAAGAGUGGUAAGACAUGGUUAGGUUUGAUCGGCGGUGGAAUUGGAGGAGCACUGCUGCCCUUGGGUUUCGGGGCAUCCGUAAGUGCAUUCACUGCUGCGGGUUUGUCAACGACAGCGGCCAUCGCCGCAACUUCAGCCUUAGGAGUGGCAGGAUCGUACAUUAGUAUUGCUGCCGUGAACAACCAGUGGAAUCCUGCGCACUGGGACUUUACCUCACCGGAAACGUGGAGCGCGGUUUUACAGGGCUUUGCAAUCGGAUCGGGAGCCAUGGGUGGAUAUCAAAUGACACGCCAAUUUUAUUCACAACUGUCCCAAACCGGGAAGAAACUGUUUUUGGCUGGUAGUUUGGGCUAUGGCAGUGGAACAUUUGUUAUGAAUGGGUUCGCCAGUGGUUGGGACUUCUCGAAACCUGGAAUAUUUUCUGGCCUUUUCGACGCCUUGACUGCUGCCCCUGAUAUGCCCAUGUUCCUUCGCGGAAUUGGGUCGCAAAUGAGAACAUUUAACAAAUUUAGUUUAGAGACCAUUAAGCAUUUAGUAAAAAAUAGAAAAUCCUUGGCAGCAGCAUUGCGCACCGUUCGGGAUAUGGAUGAGUUUUGGAAAGUGGCUCAAUUUAUUGGCGCAAUUCCGGUUGUUUCACUGAGUAUCUACGCAAUAGGUAGUGCAGUUAACGACAACGGAAAAAGUUGGGAUAUGACUUCUGUUGGUUCUUAUCAAGCUAUGAUAAAUGGCCUCCUUACUGGAAGACAGCUUUCUUCAUUCGGCAAAGCAUCUUUGAACAAGUACAGAGCAUACAAAAACGUUAAAAUGGGUGAUCGUGCAGUGAAAAUUUCAAAUGAAGUUGGGCACGAUGCUGUUGAGAUUUAUAAAAGCCUUCUAAGGUCGGAUCAAAUAAUCAGCGAUCCACGCUACAGUCAAGCGGUAACACUAAAGCUCAGUGUUGGUCGAAUUCCAAACGUUGCCAUGACGGUGGCAAUUACUAAUCGCUGGAUGGUCGUUUCAUUUUCAACCAACAAUGGACCUGGAUUAGUGCUGCUUUAUUCCCACACUAAGCUCAGCAGUCCAGUUUUGAAAGGACGUUCAAUCCAACAUAACAAUGGGUUGGUCGCUAAUAAACCAAUUAGCUUAAACGACAAUGAUGCACGAAAUACAGAACUAUUAAAUGCCAUCAACAAAAACAAAGACGGUAUAAAAAAUGAGAAUGUAAAAAAAUUUAAUCAAGAUCAAGAAUUGAUGAAAAUAUUUAACCAGGAGGGUAUAGAUAUCGAAGCUCAACAUCAGCUAAAUAAAAGCAUCAAAACUAAGCUCGAAACGGAUGGCUACGUCAGUAAAAACUUUGCAAAGGAAAUAUUCAUAAGACAAUUGGAAACUAAAGGAUCAGUGCACCCUGAAGUGAAAUUAGUAUCAGAUGAGUUAACAAAUAGAAUAGCUGAAAAAAACGCCAAAAUUCUCGAACUAAAAGAUAAUCCUCAAUCCCAAGAAAUAAGAGCAGAAAUUGAUAACAUAAAAAGUAAGGUAUCGAAGUUACAAAAAAAGCUUAAAACUACAAAAAAUGCAGUCGUCGAAAAAUUAACGCAAUUAUCUUGGGAAUACUUGAAACAGUUCGAAAAAGGGUUUCCCACUUGGGAGCCCACCAACUGCGCUGAACCCCACACAGUUACAGCCUUAUCCAGAAUAGAUGGGAUUUUUCCAGACUCGAAGCUUAAAUUGAAAUAUGCUUCCAAAGAUAUCAAAUACAUGUCCACUUAUAAAUUAACCGACCUUCCCAAUCUAAUACCGUUUCCACGGUGUUCUAAUUGUCUUAUCACAACGGCGAAUGUGAAAAAUGUUAUAACCGACCCUUACUGGUUUGAAAAGAUCAACGAUUUCAAAAUCAAUGCAUAUUUUCAGUUCGAUUUCGCUAAAGAGAGACUAUACUUUCUUCUGCCUCAUCUUCAUAUGUUCGAUCGCCAAGCACAACAUAGUAAUACCACCAUUACUACAGUUUCUUCACCAAAUGCCGGUAAGGAAAGCCGUCGAAGACGGAGAGAGACCAAACGUUAUCUUAAUAACCGAAUUGCAAGCGUCACUAGCUCGGCAAACCAAACUCCUUCAUGGAUAAGCGGUUUAACUGAUUGGUUGAGAAGUUCCAUAAGAGGUUUGUAUUCCUCACCAGCUUUGACUGGAAACAGAGAUCCCCAAACUUCACAAAUCAAUACGCCUAUCGAUGAAAUCGGAACGCUAAUGUUACUGGACGUAAUGAUCAGAAAAGUUUCAGGUCAGAAUUACAGUCCAACCAUAGAUGGAUCCACGAUGGCACCACUAGAAGCUCAAAGUUACGCACUGAAUAUUACGGAAGCAUUUGGAAAAGCAGUGGAACAAGCAGCACUACGAAGCCAUCUUUCGAUUCAGCAUUUGAAUAUUGAUUAUACUGAAAUGCAAGGUAAAAUACUAACAAAGGUUUUGAGUGGUAAAUUGGACGAUAUUUUGGACAUAUUAAAGUCCUAUGUUAUGAAUGCGCUAUACAGUGAUGGCAAGGAACGUUUAAAUGAAGAAAAUCAAAUAAAAUUUGAGCAAUUUAUUGGGGAAUUUAAUACACUACUUAAUGUAACAUUUAAUCAAUUAUUUCUGUAAUUUGUAGUAUUCUUUCUAUUUUAAAAUUUAUGUGCAUCAACCGUGUUUAUUAAAAUUAGGAACCAAUCCUAAAAUUA